GUCAACGAGCCAGGAUUAAGGUAACUGCUUCAGAAAUCUUCAGGGGAUGGAGCAUUUCAUUUCCUUAGGGAGAACCGAAAGGUUGCGAGUUUUCAAAGGUAAAAAUCUGUCCUUCUGCCCCUGAACAAGGCAGUUAACCCACUGUUCCUAGGCCGUCAUUGAAAAUAAGAAUUUGUUUCCUAACUGACUUGCCUAGUUAAAUAAAGGAAAAAUAAAUGAUAAUAUUGGGUAGGAUUUAGACCUUCACUGUCUCUGUUCCACACUUCAGUCCAUUUGGUGGUGAUAAUGCACCGUAAAGUUGGUAGCCAACCACCAUAUAAACGCCACAGAAGGAAAAAGACGAGUGGCAGCGUACUCAUUGAAGCGUUCAGUCUGUGCGGAAGUACUACCCGAAGAAGCUAGCUGAAAGGAAAACGUCCACUAUGGCUGAGGCGCACAACUUGCAGGACCUACAACAUCAAGCAGCCGUCGCCUCCAAAGUGUAUGUCCAGAGGGACUACAACUCGGGUACAAUCUGCAGGUUCCAGACCAAGUUCCCCUCUGAGCUGGAGUCUAGGGUUGACAGGCAACAGUUUGAGGAGACGAUGCAUACGCUCAACAACCUCUAUGCUGAGGCUGAGAAAAUUGGUGGCAAGUCUUACCUGGAGGGCUGCUUGGCCUGCAUGACCGCCUACACGAUCUUCCUCUGUAUGGAGACCCAUUAUGAGAAAGUAUUGAAGAAGAUCGCUAGGUUCAUCAAGGAGCAGAAUGAGAAGAUCUACGCUCCUCUGGGACUGCUGCUUACAGACCCAAUAGAGAGAGGUCUCAGGGUUGUUGAAAUCACCAUCUUUGAGGAUCGAAGCAUUGGCUCCGGAAGAUAAACCACACCAAAGUUUCAUCAGCUGUCCGGGUGGCUGGUCUCAGACGAUCCCGUAGGUGAAGAAGCCGGAUGUGGAGGGCCUCGGCUGGCGUGGUUACAUGUUGUGAGGCCGGUUGGACGUACUGCCAAAUUAUUCAAACAAUGUUGGAGGCGGCUUAUGGUAGAGGAAUGAACAUUAACUUAUUUGGCAACAGCUCUGGUGUAAAUUCCUGCAGUCAGCAUGCCAAUUGAGACAUUGGUGGCAUUAUUUUGACAAUAUUUUGGUGGCCUUUUAUUGACCCCAGCACAAGAUGCACCUGUGUAAUGAUCAUGCUGUUUAAUCAGUGUCUUGAUAUGUCACAAGUGUCAGGUGGCUGGAUUAACUUGGCAAAGGAGAAAUGCUCACUAACAGGGAUGUAAACAAAUGUGUGCACAAAAUUAGAAAUGUUUUUGUGUAUGGAUCUUUUAUUUCAGCUCAUGAAACAUGGAACCAACACUUUACAUGUUGCGUUUAUAAUUUUGUUCAGUAUAAUUGUCAGAAGAUAACAUAUUGAUUUGGUGUGUGUACUUUUGAUCACCUUGUAGGCUAUUUGAUGUGAACUUGUUUCGUAUGCAGCGUUGUGUGGGUUUGUAUUAUGGUUUCUGUUCUAUAGUGACAGUUCACCAGUGUUUAAGCACACAGGUUGCCUGUUAUUGCCAAUAAGAAUCAGGUUUUCACAUUAGCUAGUUUGAAUUUAUUUAGCUUGACUAAAUGUGAAUUGACAGGAAUUGUGACUCCAACCCUGACUGUGGUUCAACAUAAUUAUGGAGUUUCUAGACUACCCCCUAUCCUUGAUAUUGUCCAAUAUGUGUAAAUAAUUAUUGACCGCAAAUCCACCACAGAAACCUUGAGCAUGCGUUGAAUCCCAAGACAGGAAUUAAAAGCCAAUCUAUUGUUUGUUCUUGUUAUUAUAUGUAGUGUAAUGUGUAUCUACAAAUAAACUAUUUUCUUGAAUAA